UGACCAGUGUCAUCGUUUAUUAGUGCUGCGAACCAAAAACCGCUCCAAUCAACCUCCUUGUAUAUCUCUCCCCAGUGUCUCAGUCAGCUGUCACCGCUGAUUCAUGUAGGCCCACUUAGAAAAUAAAACAGCACCUGACAGCAGGCUCAGACUGCCUCCUUAUUCGUUGACAUGUUCUUGUUUUGAAACCGCAAAAUUAGCACAUUUAAUUGCUUUUAUAAUUUAUAUAAAAUCUCCACAGUAACCUGUAUUUAAGUGACACAGAGAAAAGAGAGACAUGACAGUCCAAACAAGCUUCAGGCGGAAAAGCAAACCAGCUUGUAUCAAUAACAGGAGGAUACUGACCUCAUUGAGGUGACAAAAUAAAAGGUCAAAUAUGAAAACCUGAAAAGGUCACAUGUUGUUUUGCUGCAUUUUUCUCAAGAACCUGCUUUUGGUUCAGUCUGACUUCAAUCUCUAGUUUUUUUGUGCAUAUGUUAUAUUUUUCUUUUUUUGUUUUUUUAAGCUACUUCAAUUCCCAGCCAACUAUCCUUAAAUUUGGAACUACUUUGGUCUAGUGAAUUACACUGCUGAACCACAGUUGAUCACUGCUGUUUAGUCCAGUAAGCCACAUAACCUUUUCUAUUUCAGUUUUUCAGUUCUCUCUCUCAUUAAGAAACAGACAACAUCUGAUGCGUAUACUGUAUGUGUGAAACUAUUUACUCAUGUUGCCAUAUGUGGUGUCAUUAAAUCUGACAAAUGUUUUGACUGGCUCAAAUUUCGGCCCUCGUGGUAUGACUGUUAGCCAGCAUGUGACAUUUGGUUUGACUCAUGGAGUGCACUCGACUCCAGCAUAUUUGGAUGAUCACUGGAGGACUUGGCAGGCAGACUGGUAUAUGCGAGUCAUGAAUAACGAGCACAUUUUUAUGCAGAUCCAUCAAAGAAGCAGCAGUGACAGAAUUUUGUUUAUCCCAUAGGUCAUAACUGGAUGAUGACUUAUCAUGAGAUGACAUGCUGCAAGUGUCAAACUAAUUUUUGAACAUUUCCUCACACCAGUGACAACCAUAGAUCUUUUUUUUUUUCUUUAGGCUUUUCAGGGAAAUUUUUUCUUCCAGAUUUUUUUGUAUCUGUACUAUAACUUACAUUGUCGUCAGUGUGCGUUAUAGACAAAUUAUAUGAUGUAAUCCUUUUGAAUAUCAAAGCAGCUUUGAUUAAAAAGCUUCAUCAGUCCUGUGCAGUUCUAACAUCCACAUUAAUUCAGAGAAAGGCAAAUUGUAGCUCUAAAGUCUGCAGCAUCUAAUUUAACCUCAUCAGAUGUGUAAUAUUUUAGCAAUGAAUUUCCUAAAGCAUAAGUUUGCUUGUUUUGUUCAACCAGUUGAUAUAAAAUAGAUAAAAACAAUAAGUCCUCGUGUUUGAGAAGUUGGAAUCAGUAGAUUAAUUUUCUGUUGGUCCACUUAUGGAUUAGCCCAUUAAUCAUUUUAGCAAUUAUUAAGGAUAGCUGUCGUCCUUAAAGUUAGACAAUGUGGCUUUUGAAAAAAAGAAGCAACACAAGCUGUCAAUUAGAAAUUAAAAUUUAGCAGUAAAGUCCACCCUUAGUCACUACACUCAGGAGUUUUGCUGCUGUUGUCUUACCUGGUCUGGUAUGACCAGUAGCUUAUAUUGACUAAUGUUAGCUAACUUUUGUUGUUGUGUAAUUAAGCCAUCAUUAAGCCACUUUGCCUUAUUUACAAAGGUCUUUAGCCAUUGUUGCGUUUACAAGACAAGGGCGUUACAAUAGGCCCUCUGGGCAGUGCAGCCUCUUGGUCCCCUCAUGUUGGACUGAGGACAGGCUGGAUGCUACAGUGACACAAGCCAAAGUGGCAUUGGGAGACAGCCUUGGCCAGGGCUAGCUGAUUAACAUGCUAACCUCAGUGAAAGAAAAGAAGUGAUAGAAUUUGAAGCUAAACAACAACUAAACUUGGCAUUGUUUGCCACAGCUGGAGACAGCUCUUGGCAAGUAAAGGGAUGAAGUUUGAUGUUGAACUUGGAACAUUUCUAGACUGAUAAGUAACCGGAUGUUAAUGCUACCGUUGGCUAUGUAGUGAUUGCAAAAAGUUACUUAUAGCAAGAAAUGUCUACUGUCUCGACAAUCUUGGGAAAUGGAGGGAAAUUCAGUGCAUCCUCAUCAUGUAACAGCCAGCUGUGUUCAGCAAAAGUUCUAAAAGUCUUGCUUGCUUAUGAAAUGUGAAUUUCUCCCAUCAAAGAGCCAUACAUAUAUAUUUCAUUUCAUCAACAUCAAAGCAGCAUGAAAGUGUUUCAUUUGCUUGGAUCAGUGCUCGGUCAGACAGGAACUUAUCAGUAUAGUCACCUGGUGCUGUGGUUGUUUGGAGGGAAAACCUGCAGAACAGAUUGCUGUAACCGUGGCAACAAAAGCUGGCUGCUGUACAUCACAUACUGUAUGUUGCCCUGCCGCAUUAUGAGAAGAUGUCUAAUUCCUAAAUAGCCGAUGUUUUGUAAAGAGCAGCUGCUGACUAAUUGGACUACAAGCUGAUGCCUAUAGCUCACUGCCAUAACUGUAAACAUUUAGUAGUUAAUAGGACUUAAUAAAAAUCCUCCUGCAAUCACUUGGUUUAACAAACAUUUGAUUCUCCAAGAGACAAUGAGACAGGAUGAGACACAGAUAAUAAAGUGAGAGUGAAAGUGGAGGAGGGUGGGGUUGGUAGCAUCGCUCAAUAGAUUAAUCAUGCAUGCCUAGUUUUUUUGGCCACCACCAGCUCUGUACUCAGGGGGGAGAGAAGGCUGCCUCUCUAUGUUUCCUCUCAGCUAUGGGCUCUUCUGGAAGAUGGAUGCUCUGGACCCUGUGUGCAUGUUUCACCGCCCCGGAGAAUGUUGCACUCAGGGUGACCAUGAGCAAAGCCAGUGUGGAGGUGGUUCAGGGGGAUUUUGUCAUCCUGCCCUGCUCCUUCUUCACCUCCAGCCCCCUCUCCAGACUCAACGUUAUCUGGACUCUGGCUCCCUUCUCCAGCCCAGAAACCCCGAUACAGGUGAUUGUGUACGACCAUGGACAGGUGAUUGAAGACCCCUCCCUCACUGGCAGGGUGGGUUUUACAGGUAUUCCUUGGAGUGCGGAUAUUGUCCUGAAUGACACACGAGUAACAGAUGCUGGUAUUUACCGCUGCAUGGUCAAUAACCCACCAGAGGCGGCAGAUCCUGGCAUAGGAGAGCUGGUGCUCAGUGUCCUGGUGCCACCUUCGCUGCCUGUGUGCCAGUGGGAUGGAGAUAUUGACAUGGGAGGAAGUGUUACACUGUCCUGCUCGGUGGCACAGGGCGUCCCCACUCCAGAGAUCCGCUGGGAUAAACUCAAUCCAGAGGAAAUCUCACUUCCCGUGAACAUGGAGGGGGAUCUGUCAGGCUCCGUCCAAAUUGUCAACGUGUCUUCUCAGACGUCCGGCCUCUACCGCUGCUCUGCGUCUAAUGUCCUGGGAACAGAGAACUGCUACGUCAAUCUGUCCAUCUACAGCACCCCAGACAGUUCCUCGGGCAUCCUGCAGGGGGUGCUGCUGACUUUGUCCAUGAGCCUGGUGCUGCUGGCUUUGCUGGUGCUUGUGCUGUGGCUCCAUCGCACUGGGCAGGAUGGGAGGUGGAGGGAAGGGAAAGAAGAGGAGGAGGAAUGUUAUAAUGAGAUACGAUACACUCCGUCUCUGAUGAAGCGCUCGUUUGUUUGAUUUCUCAACAUAAAAAGAGAGAGAGAGAGAGAGAGAGAGAGAAAAGAAACGCUCCAACCCAGGUAUCAAAAAAAAGACUUUCAGAACUCUUUAUUUCAGCUAGAUCAUGGAUUUUUAUAGCCUGGUCAAUUCUCCCUGCAUUAAGCUGCAUCACUGUACAGCAUCACAAAUUCUGAAAUAAAUGUCCUAGUUCUCA